UUCCAGGCAUUGCUAUUUAACUACAAUUCCCAUGAUGCACCGGACAGAUACACCCCGCGGAAGUUGAAAAACAACCCAAACUUUUCCCAAAAAAAUCACGUCUCGGUCAGCAGAUAGAGUCUGCAGGCUGAGAGCGGAGACUCACUUCUACUGGACUGCUGUCCUCAACUGGGCUCCGGCUAUUUCCUGCUUCUCUCAUUAAUUAACACGCAAAGGUACGAUGGCAGAGAGGGUGCUGGUGGUUGGCAGCGGUGGACGGGAGCAUGCGCUGGCCUGGAAGCUGGCCCAGUCGUCGCAGGUUCAGCAGGUCCUGGUUGCCCCGGGUAACGCGGGCACAGCCAGCUGCGGGAAGAUCAGCAACUCGGAGGUGUCGGUGAGUAACCACACCAUCCUGGCUCAGUUCUGCAAGGACCAUCAUGUGGGUCUGGUGGUGGUCGGACCGGAGGUGCCGCUGGCAGCAGGCAUCGUGGACGACCUGACGGCGGCAGGAGUUCCCUGUUUUGGCCCGUCUGCCAAAGCGGCUCAGUUGGAGGCCAGCAAGAGCUUCUCCAAGGCUUUCAUGGAGCGCCACGGCAUCCCCACGGCUCGCUACGGCUCCUUCACCGACGCCCAGGAGGCCUGCAACUACAUCCGCACGGCCGAGUUCCCGGCGCUGGUGGUGAAGGCCAGCGGGCUGGCAGCAGGGAAGGGAGUCAUCGUGGCUCGAGACCAGGACGAGGCUUGUCAGGCUGUGAUGGACAUCAUGAAGGACCGAGCCUUUGGAUCUGCAGGGGAGACUGUGGUGGUCGAGGAGCUUCUGGAGGGAGAAGAAGUGUCUUGUCUGUGUUUCAGCGACGGCUCCUCGGUGUCCCCAAUGCCUCCGGCGCAGGACCACAAGCGGCUGCAGGACGGAGACCUGGGCCCCAACACCGGCGGCAUGGGGGCUUACUGCCCCACCCCUCAGGUGAGCCAGGAGCUGCUGCAGGACAUCAGAGAGGCGGUGCUGCAGAAGACUGUGGACGGGAUGAAGGAGGAGGGGACUCCUUAUGUUGGUGUGCUGUACGCUGGACUAAUGCUGACCAAACAGGGGCCGAAGGUCCUCGAGUUCAACUGUCGGUUUGGAGACCCCGAGUGUCAGGUGCUGCUGCCGCUCCUGCAGAGCGACCUGUACGAGGUGAUCCUGAACACCAUGAGUGGCAAACUGGCCUCCAGCGCCCCCGUGUGGCACCAGGACAGCUCUGCGGUCACCGUGGUCAUGGCCAGCGCCGGUUACCCCGGCUCCUACAAGAAGGGGGUGGAGAUCACAGGUCUGUCUCAGGUUCAGGACAUGGGGCUGCAGGUUUUCCACGCCGGCACCACCCUGAAGGACGGAGCCGUGGUGUCCAGCGGCGGGCGGGUCUUGACUGUCACCGCGGUGAGGUCGUCCUUGGAGACGGCUCUGCAGGCGGCCAAUCGGGGCGUGGCGGCCGUCGGCUUCCCAGGCAGCGUGUACCGCCACGACAUCGGCCACCGGGCCAUCGCUCACCUGAACAAACACAGAGGUCUGACCUAUAAGGACAGCGGGGUGGACAUCGCUGCCGGUAACAAGCUUGUGGACAUGAUCAAGCCUCUGGCCAAGGCGACCUCCCGAGCUGGGUGUAACGCAGAACUGGGAGGCUUUGCUGGCCUGUUUGACCUGAAGGCAGCAGGAUUCAUUGACCCGAUCCUGGUGUCCGGGACCGACGGAGUGGGGACCAAACUCAAGAUUGCGCAGGCGUGCAGCCAGCAUGGCGGCCUGGGGCAGGACCUGGUGGCCAUGUGUGUGAACGAUGUUCUGGCUCAAGGCGCCGAGCCGCUCUUCUUCCUCGACUACUUCUCCUGUGGAAGCCUGGACGUCGACGUGGCCGCCUCGGUGGUCGGUGGCAUCGCUAAAGCCUGCGAGAUGGCCGGCUGUGCUCUGCUGGGUGGUGAGACGGCAGAAAUGCCGGGCGUCUACGCUCCAGGAGAGUACGACCUGGCUGGGUUCUGCGUGGGAGCGGUGGAGCGUGGAGCCCUGCUGCCCCGGCUGGGCGACAUCGCAGAGGGGGACACGCUGAUCGGCGUGGCCUCGUCUGGGGUCCACAGCAACGGCUUCAGCCUGGUCCGCAAAGUCCUGGAGAAGGCCGACCUCAGCUACAGCUCCCCUGCUCCUUUUGGCAAGUCAGGACAGACUGUUGGCGAGGUUCUGCUGACGCCAACAAAGAUCUACAGCCGUCUGCUGCUGCCGAUCCUUCGCAGCGGGGCUGUCAAAGCCUACGCUCACAUCACAGGGGGUGGACUUCUGGAGAACAUCCCCCGGGUGCUGCCCCGGGAGCUGGCUGUCGAUUUAGAUGCCUCUAGAUGGAGCAUCCCCCCGGUGUUUUCCUGGCUCCAUAAGGAGGGGGGUCUGAGUGAGGAGGAGAUGGCCCGCACCUUCAACUGCGGCCUGGGGGCGGUGCUGGUAGUUUCCCCCCUGGAUGCUCAGAGGGUCUUACGCCAGCUUCAGGCCCAGGAAGAGGCCUGGAUUGUGGGCUCACUGGCACACAAACAGCCUGGGGCAGAACCCGUGGUGGUCAGAAACCUGAGACACAGCCUGCUGAGCGCAGGACCGGCCUCCAGUGCAGAGCUGGUGGUCGAGCAGAAUGGAACCGCGCCACGCAAGAGGACCAGAGUCGCUGUUCUGAUCUCUGGAACAGGCACCAACCUGCAGGCGCUGAUCGAGCAGGCCAAACGACCGUCCAGCUCAGCAGAGAUCGUGGUGGUCAUCUCCAACAGACCUGGAGUUCAGGGCCUGAAGAGAGCGUCGCUGGCAGGCAUCCAGACACGGGCGGUGGACCACAAACUGUACGGGAGCCGAGCAGAGUUUGACAGCACUAUAGAUCGCGUGCUGGAGGAGUUUGGGGUCGAGCUGGUGUGUCUUGCUGGAUUCAUGAGGAUCCUCACGGGAACAUUUGUCAAGAAAUGGAAUGGAAAGCUCCUGAACAUCCACCCAUCCCUGCUGCCUUCCUUCAAGGGUGUGAAUGCCCAGAAGCAGGCGCUGCAGGCCGGGGUGCGGGUUGCUGGCUGCACGGUCCACUUUGUUGCAGAAGAGGUGGAUGCAGGUGCCAUCAUUGUGCAGGAGGCGGUGCCAGUGAUGGCGGGAGACACAGAGGAGAGCCUGUGCGACAGAAUCCGAGAAGCCGAGCACCGAGCCUUCCCCGCUGCUCUGGAGCUGGUAGCCAGCGGGGCCGUCCAGCUGGGAGAGGACGGACACAUCACCUGGAAGAGUUAGACACAACAGAUCAGCUCAGCCAUCAAGCAGCAUUAGAGGGCUAUUGUGGUGUAAGUAAGUAAGUGCC